AUGGUGGACAAUGUCGGAGGCAGUUCCUCUAAUCCUGAAAACAGUGGCAUGAGGGAACAAGACCGUCUGUUGCCAAUAGCCAAUGUUGGAAGGAUCAUGAAGCAGAUUCUGCCUCCUAAUGCAAAAAUCUCAAAGGAAUCAAAGGAAACAAUGCAAGAGUGUGUGUCGGAGUUUAUAAGCUUUGUGACGAGUGAGGCAUCAGAGAAGUGCAGAAAGGAGAGGAGAAAGACCGUGAACGGAGAUGAUAUAUGCUGGGCCUUAGGCUCCCUUGGUUUUGAUGACUAUGCAGACCCAUUGAGAAGGUAUUUGCACAGAUAUAGAGAACUAGAAGUAGAUAGAUCAGCCAACCAAGAGAGAGGAAAUAGCCCCUCCAAAGACAAGGAUGCUGAAUUCUGA